ACUUCUUUUAACGCUCUGAUUGCAUCAAACAAUAUACGGGAUCUCUCCACUAAUUUAAGUCGAAUUUUGUCAUUUUGCUAGUCAGUCGUUCUUUGCCAAACUUCGAAACUCAAUCUAAGUCAAAGUGAAUUGGAAAACGGGCCGAAAAAGUGACUUGUCUAUUGUUAUUUGUUUAUGGAUACGUUCGCAGCUUUUAAUGGCUAGCCUUUGAAAACUGGGAAAUGUACCUGCAAAAGUGGAUGAUGUUCUUAUGGGCAUUAAGUCUCACUGAAACCGGAUCAGCCUUAGUUCCGCCAGAAGACGCCGAGAUUAUUUUCAACGAAGAAGGAGACCUUCGUCAAUUUGACCCCAUCCCACGUCAAUUGCCCCAUGAAGGAGCGAAUAAUAUCCAUCCAGACUACAGAGAACGAGAUCAGGAGUACGGACGAAGAUGCACAGACAGAAUGGAAAAGGCUUUGGAGACAAUCAGGCGCAGGCAAGUAGCAAAGGAAAAAAUACUCAGGCUGAAUGGAUACUCGCUCCACCAACCCUUAAGAAGCGCCCCACUAGACAUGUACGUUACCGAUAUGAGGGUCAGACUGCCGUCUUCACAAAGCUGGAUUCGAGUAGAUACAUGCAGCUUUGACCCCAUUAAUCACAGCCUGGAAACCAGAUUGCUAUUCAACGAUCUUACUAUAAGCGGAAGAGUCAAUCUGUUCAAUGAUGGUCAACUGCAGAGAGAACCACUAUCCCCCAACCCUGAAGAGAGUUGCAAUAUGAUCUUACGGCUAAGGAAAGCCGGAAUUGGAUUCCACACAGAGCCGAUACGACGUGAAAGGGGACAAUUCAACGUAAAAACAGACAGCCAUUUCCUUGAACCAGGUUUCAUCUCAGUUUAUGCGUAUGGAUGUGAACCAGGACUAAGACGAAGUCGAGCUAGAAGUGGCGCUGUGCUUGAUGAAGAUGAUGAAGAAAUCAGUCGUGAAAUGGAAGAUGUUUUUUUAAGAGGUAUAAGAUCACUGUUGACCUCAUACAUGCAAAAAGAACUGCAACCAGCAAUUAAGGACACUCUGAUGAAGAAUAUGGGCUAUACAGUAUCGUAUGGGUAAUCAAAAGCAAGAUAUUUUGUACUUAGUAAGAAAUAGGCUUUCCAAAAUUCGGUUCAAUAUUUUUGGAAAUAUUGUACAUAUUUUUUGUUGAAAUAAAGAUUGUUAAAAGUAUAAUUUUUAUUUUUUUGUGCUUUGCUGAUUUAUUGCGAUUCGGUCUCCUUCAGAAGCAUUUAGAAGCUUUUAGUG